UGCAAAAUGACCCAAUAGCACUCCACCGGUCCGACUCCAGCAGUAGUCAAAACCCUAGCUUCCCGACACCGCUGACCACCUCUCGAUUCUUUACUCCCUAUAUAAAGUUCAAUACCCUCCCUAAAACCCUCUUCUUGCUCCCGCCUGCAAAUUCUUCUCAAUUUCCCUCACAAUUAACCAAAACUUGAAGGAAAAUGCCGCUUGGAGAGAGGACAGGUGAUGAGAAGAGCGAGUCUAGAUACUGUGGCGUGGAGACGGAGUUCAGCGAUGACAUGCCUCGGCUUCUCUCUUCUAACCUCCAUGGCGGCUUCGAUUUCGUUGUAGCCCCUUUGAUGGACCCAACAUACAGGCCUAGCUUAAUGGAUGAUGGAAGCAAUGGAGCUGGUUUACUGCCAUUUGCUGGUUCAGACUUAGUUCUUAGCCCCUCGCAAUGGAGUGGUCAUGUUGUUGGCAAGAUCAGUUCUUGGAUCGACUUGGAUUCUGAAGAUGAAGUGCUUCGUACGGAUUCUGAAAUAACUCUGAAGCAGGAGAUAUCUUGGGCUUCCCACCUCUCCUUACAGGCAUGUCUUCUUCCUUCACCCAAGGGACCAUCCUGUGCCAAUUAUGCUAGAUGCGUGAAUGAAAUUCUGCAGAAUCUAACCAGUAUGCAGUUAUGGCUUAGGAUUCCACUAGAGAAAUCCGACAGUGAUGCUGGAGGUGCAAAUCCUGAUCAUAUGAUUGAUUCUUGGGACUUGUGGAAUUCUUUUCGUCUACUAUGUGAACAUCAUAGUCAGUUAUCAGUUGCACUUGAUGUUUUGCCCUCAUUACCUUCUGCAAAUUCUCUUGGACGGUGGUUUGGCGAAUCUGUUAAAGCAGCCAUCAUCAGUAGCAAUUCUUUUCUAACGAAUGCGCGAGGCUAUCCAUGUCUAUCUAAACGCCACCAAAACCUGAUGGCAGCAUUUUUCAAUCAUUCAAUUCAGAUAGUGAUUUCUGGGGAACAAUUACACAGUCUGCCUCCUGGAAAUUUGGAUACAACUGCCAAUAAUUCUGAUAACCACAAUGAAGGUCUUCAUCUACAUCCUUUGCGGUCCUAUUUGGACUAUGUUGCUUAUCUGUAUCAAAGGAUGGAUCCUCUUCCAGAGCAAGAACGCUUUGAGCUUGGCUACAGGGACUACUUGCAAUCACCGUUGCAGCCUCUCAUGGAUAAUCUGGAGGCUCAAACUUAUGAAACAUUUGAGAAGGACACAGUAAAAUACAUACAGUACCAAAGAGCAAUUUCUAAAGCUUUGCUGGAUAGGGUUUCGGAUGAGAAAGCAUCUGCUUUGACUACUGUAUUGAUGGUUGUUGGUGCGGGCAGAGGGCCUCUUGUCAGAGCUGCAUUGCAGGCAGCUGAAGAAACAGGGAGGAAGUUGAGAGUUUAUGCUGUAGAAAAAAAUCCAAAUGCAAUUAUUACUCUUCAUAGCUUGGUCAAGCUAGAGGGCUGGGAAAAAGAAGUUAUUAUAGUUUCUUGUGACAUGCGUUGCUGGGAUGCUCCCGAGAAAGCUGAUGUUCUGGUUAGCGAAUUGCUGGGUUCUUUUGGUGACAAUGAGCUAUCACCAGAGUGUCUUGAUGGAGCACAAAGAUUUUUGAAGCCUGAUGGAAUUUCAAUUCCUUCUUCGUAUACAAGCUUUAUCCAACCUAUUACGGCAUCAAAACUCUACAAUGAUGUCAAAUCACACAAAGAUCUUUUGCACUUUGAAACCGCUUAUGUUGUUAAACUACAUCGUGUAGCUAGGCUGGCUUCUACCCAACCUGUGUUUACUUUUGCUCAUCCAGAGAGCUCAACUAAAAGAAAAAAUGAUCGGUAUAAGAAACUUGAGUUUGAGAUUCCCUGCAACACUGGAUCAGCAAUGGUUCAUGGGUUUGCUGGCUACUUUGAUGCAACACUUUAUAAAGACGUACAUCUCGGUAUUGAGCCAUCAACAGCAACAUCUAACAUGUUUAGUUGGUUUCCGAUCUUUUUCCCAUUGAGGACACCAGUCUGCGUCCAGCCGGGUAUUCCAUUAACAGUUCACCUAUGGCGUUGCUGUGGUUCUACCAAGGUUUGGUAUGAAUGGUGCGUAAGUUCUCCUGUCUCUACACCUGUACAAAACCCUAAUGGUCGGUCAUAUUGGGUGGGCCUUUAGGACUUCCCUUUUAAGGUCUUACAUGGAAGUGAGGCGGAUUUGAUAUAGCUGAUCUAGUGCAGAAGGAAAGCACUUGCCAGUUUAGUUUCUGCUUACGAUGAGAUGGAUGCCAAUGAUGACAGAGCCCCUCUGUAUUCCUAUUUGGCACAUGCUGGUGCAACCUCUUCAUCCAUUAACUCCUUUACAGUGGGAAAAAGAUCGACCUUCAUGAAAGCAACAGGAGAGAUUGUUGACUUCUGUUUGGAAGUCUGUUGGUGUUUUUUUUUUUUUCCGUCAGAAACAUGCUUACAUCUUGCGGGCAUUAGAGGGGAUAAGGUUAAUAACAUGGAAGAGAAUGUCCACCAGAGACUCAAUUUUGUGAGAACAUUUAUUAUACCUUGUUGAAUUCCAGAUUAUGGUUCAUGUACAAAUAACAGAAGUAAAUUGUAAACUCAGGUAUUGCCCAUUGGAAAUGCAUCGUUUAAGUCA